AUGGCUUCAAGUUCUAAGUUGAGUGAAAUUUAUGAUCAUCUCAAGAUGCUAUCAACUAAUUUCGUCACUUUGCAAAAGGAGAAUGAAGAUUUGAGAGCCCAAUUAAGGUCUGUUUUGACUGCAUCUCAUGGCCAGACCAGCACCAGCUCAAGAGGUAGUAAUGGUGUCCAUUCUGAUAAUGACUAUUAUGAUGAACUAGCAAACCACAAUCUUGAUGAGAACUGA